GACCCGAAGGCAUCUUGAAAUAGAAAAUUCAAAAGAGGAGGAGGAGGAGGAGAGAAAGGAGGAGGUUUUUGAGUGAGAGCAUUGGUAUGCCAGGCUCAAUACCUAGCAUGGCUGUGCAGAAGAAGCAGAGUGUCGUCCCUCCAUCGCAGGGACCACUUUCUACACGUACCAUCCAGAGCCAGAGGAAGGGAAACAGAACAGAGAAUGGCUCUUCUGUCAAACCAAAUUCACAGACAAAGAAAACCGCCUCUUCCGUCAACAAGUCUGCCCAAAUCUGCAACACAGCUUCUCCUCGGGCCGCUGCAGCAGCCAAUGGGCAAAAUAUCGAUGAGAGGCUGAAGGCGGCUCGAGAACGAAGAGAGGAGCACCAGCGGUUGCUUGCCUCUCGGGAACUGAACAGGUUGGAGCGGGAACAGCGGGCCAGGCGCUACUAUGAACAACAACUGCAGGAGCGCAAGAAGAAACUCCUGGAGCAGCGGAUCAGAGAGGAGAGGAGGCGAGCUGCCGUGGAGGAGAAGCGCAAGCAGAGGCUGAAGGAGGAGAAAGAGCGACAUGAAUCUGCAGUGCGCAAGACGCUGGAGAAGAGCCAAAGGGCCCAACAGAACUUCAGUCAAAACUCAAGAGGAAGGAAACUCACCAAAAAUGUUCCACGUCGCUUGCCACUGACAACAUGGGAGAAGAAUCUGGUCAGUCGUCUGCUUACGCCCACAUGCUCUUAUCUGGCCAGGAGCAAGAGUGCUGGUUGUCAGUCAGGAGAAGAAGUUUCAUUCCACUCUAUGAACACCACCACCACCACCACCACCACCACCCCUCACAAACCCCAGCAGCACCACUCCGGUUCAGUCCACAGGGCAUCUGCCUCCCCCAGCAACAGCCAGCACAGAAGCAUCAACCUGGCGCAGAUCAAAGCAGCAAGACAGCAAGACGCCGUAAAGAAGAACUCCAACGGCGGCUCAAACAUUCGAUCAGCUGCUGCCAACACGAGGGUGAAACCAGCCACGGCCACACAAAGCAGAACAGCCUCCCCCUCGCCAGAACGGACCGCCCGAAGAUCAAUCAGCAGACAUUCAACCCCGCUGCAGCUCGAGCUCCCGUCCGUCCCUGAGGAAGAUGUUGCUGUUUGCAGCUCUGCCCUCUCUCCUGGUAACUCAAGGCCUGUCAGGACAUCAGAUGAAGGUCAGCAAGAGAAAAUGAGGGUGGAAAAUACACCAGAGACGUCAUGUUCAAACCUGCCUGGCACAGAGAAGGAGGCUUUAACCAGAACAUCGGGAGACGGAAGUCCUUCCAAAAUGCCUCCUAAUUCAGCUCCACAACCUCCAGAAGUCACGUCCAGGCCUUCAGCCGGGACCACAAACCCAGAGGAGGCCUCGCGUCUCCUGGCUGAAAAGAGGAGGGAGGCCCGGCUGCAGAGGGAGAAAGAGGAGCAGGAGCGUCUGCAGAGGGAGGAGGCCGAGAGGCGGAGCCGUGAGGAACUGGAGCGCAGGAGGGCAGAGGAGCGAGCGCGACAGCAGGCCGAGGCUCAGCAACUCAUCGAGGAGAAGAAGAGGAGGGAGGAAGAGGAGCAGAGACGAGCUGAGGAAGAGAGAGCUCAGGCGAUGAGGGAAGCCGCCCUCCUGCAGAAACAGAGAGAGGAGGAGCUGGCUAAAGAGCAAGCACGAGCAGAGCAGCUUAAGCAAGAACGAGAGAUCCUCGCACAGAAAGAGGAGGCAGAGCGCCAAGUCAGAAAAAAGCGACUUGAGGAGAUCAUGCGGAGAACCAGAAGGACAGAUUCUCCAGAUACGAAAUCUGUACCGACGAGGAUCCUGCCAAAUGAAGCCCAACCAAAGGAAAACACAGUGCCUGUGCACAAUGGAACCAUAAAAGAUGCCAUCAAGCUCCCUGUGGGGACCAAAACCACACAGCUGGGGCUGAACAACGAGGAGGACAUGGUACCUGUUGUGGCCUUCAAAGAACGCAGGUCUCUCAGAACGCUCACCGGCCUGGAGGAAAUCCAGACACACCAACGAGCAGAGGUCAUCUGAGCACCUGCAGAGUGGGCACACACGCAGAAGCUUUGUUGGAGAGCUGUGAUUUCUCCGUGAAACACAGGAAUCACUGCAGCACAGCCAUCUCGCUACCCUUCAGCACCUUGAAAGAGCAUGUAAAAUUACAGCCUUUCCUCCCAGCGAGGACGUCAGCAUUUGGUCACUCUUCUGUGUGUAACUAGUGGCACAAAUAUUAAGCAAGUUACAUAAUAAUUUCUUCAGUACAGCAGGUUUCUGAUCUAAUAAUGACUAUAGAAAAAAAACAAAAACAAACAAAAAAAAAAAAACAGUAGAUGUAGACGGUGCUGAUAGUUUGCUGGCAAAUGCGGUGUAUCAGUUAUGGAGAGUGUUGCCUCUGUGAAAUACUAGGAAUAGCCAUUCUAACAAUCACGACAUGUCAGAUGCUUUUUGCUUAUUCCUGAUAUUUCUUGCUAUCAAAGCACUUUUUCCUUCCUCAGUUUUGUCACUGUGGAAUUAGAAUAGCUCAAGUUUGCAGUUUGCGCUAAGAACACAAGCGUGUUAGUGAGAGAAGACUUCCUGCAUUCCUAUCUUAUCCUUGAAUUUUGUAAAGUAUAGCAAUCAUGUAUUUCAAAGCUGCUAAAGGAACACAGUUCCCAAAGACUCUGCUUCAGUUUUGUGUUGUUUUAGACGAUACGAUGCACAAAGCGUUUCUUGCACUGACUGUUGCUUUGUUUAUUAUUGCGCACUAUCACUUUCCAAAGCAGAGUCUGAAGCGUAGAGGUUAGGUGAGUUUAUUAUAAUAAAAGCGUAAAAAAAAACAAAUGUAUCCGAUCAUCAAUAUUUGAUCUUAUAGUUGAAGUAUUGCUUAUGACUAUCACAUGUUAACCUGUUGAACAGUCGAAAUAUAUGCCAUAUUUGAUUAAAGUUGAUACUAUGCCACA